UCUGGGUUUACCGAAUACCCAAAUUAAAAUAUCGCGGGAAAUCAGAAACUGAGGCUUGCUGCGAAAAUGGCACUUUUGCAAGACGAAGCCCUAAGGGAUGAGUUUGAUAUAUUUGGUAUUGAAUUGUCCGAUGACAUUGUAGACAAAUUAAAGGAACUAUGCGUUACCUAUAAUUUGGAUGCAGAAAGAGUAGCAGCUGAGUGGAUUGCAUUUUCAAAUCUUAGGAAAAAUCUCACUAUCUCUGUGGAGAACCUGGAUGUAUUUGAUAGAGAGAAACUAGCAAAGAAAACGCAGAAAACUCCGCAGACUCCUUUGAACAAGAAGACACAGCAGAGAGUGUACAAUAUUGACAAUGUGUCAGAAGGUGUUAACAUUCAUGAUGCUGAAAAUUUGUACAACACCUACGGGGGAACACCUUCAUCAAAGGGGACAGCAGCUCAGAAAAGACAACUGACACCUGAAAAUCCUACAAUAAAGAGAUUUCAGAAUAAUAUUCGUAGUCCAGUUGUGCCUUUUUCACCUGCAAGUUUUUCACCAGUUGGGACAACUCCUUCCAAAAAGUAUAGAUUAAGAACAAAUGCUGGUGAUGUGGUAACCUCCGUUGGAAACUUGGAUAAUAUUAAGUGGCAAAGUAAAGGCAAGAAUUGCACCAUUAAAUGGUAUGAUCCAUUGAACAACUUAUCCAAAGAGGACAAUGAAAAUCUAAAGGAUCUGAAUAAAAACUUCAAGUAUAUGUUUCAGAAGCUAACGGCCAAAGCUGCAGUUUUAAAUGAAAUGAUAGAAGAAAUGGGAAAACAACUACAAGAGAAGAACAACAUUGAGGAAUUUUCCCAUGUCUCUUUGCCAGUUCAGGAAGAGGUGACUUUGGUUGGGAGAAUUUGCUGUGAUAGCCUUGGGAAGCUGAAUGCCAAGUCUGUGAUUCUGGAAGGUUCCAGAGAGACGUCUGCUGGCUGCUUCAUUCCUUUGGACCUAACCGACCUCAAGCAGUACUCACUGUUUCCAGGGCAGGUAGUGGCAUUGGAAGGAAUAAACACUUCUGGACAGAAAUUUGUUGUGAAAAAGUUAUAUGAG